CAGCUUCUCCUUUGCGUUAAAUUUGAAAAAUUAUUGUGACCGUUUAUUCUUGUCAUGCGCAGUAACUUCAGGUUAACAUGUAGUAAGUUCUGUUCCGUUAAUUGACACAAAAUAUGUAAUUGAGAACAGCUUUACUGGACAUUCGGCUAUAUACUUAUAUUAAAACAGUCUGUGAGCACGGAUUAGGGGAGAAAACUGUUAUGAAGUGCCGACAUUACGCAGAAUUCAAAUACGACGUGAUGACGUCAUUAAUAUGCUAAUGACGCAUGGCGCCAUUCAGCGACGUUUAGCUACUUUUCAAGCAGGGUUUAGCUACUUUCCAUUGAAAACAGCUGGCAACACUGUUUCCACAUAGUUUCUCUUUUUUUGACUUUCCUACGCGUUUGGAAGAUGGCACGCUAUUCAGGCGAGGAAGGUGUUCAGAUGAUUUUGGACAGUGAGGAAGAAUUGACCUUUUCCUCAGAAGAAGAUUGCGACUCCGACGACGAACGGUUGCAUUUUGAAGAGCGAAUUGAUCCAGUCGAGGAUUUUCCUGCAAAUUGUUACGAUGAUUUUAGGCUCUGGGUACCAUGUGUACAUGGACAGUUUCUACACAAGUCCAAAGCUCCUAAAAGACUUGCUUUCCAUGAAGUUUGGUGCAUGUGGGACUUACAGAGACAACAGGAAGGACUGCCCUCGGAAUGCAGGAGAGUGAAAUCACAACGUACAUGGAGGACAAAGACAUUUCCAUGUCCUGCACCUGUGACUGCAUACAACCAGCACAUGGGGGGCGUUGACCUGUCUGAUCAGCUGUUACAGUACAACACCGCACAGCACAAAACAAUGAAGUGGUACAGAAAGAUUUUUCUACACUUCUUGGACAUUGCUGCCACCAAUGCUUUCAUUGUGCACAAAGAGCUGUAUGGUAACUUGUCCCAUAAAGAGUUUAUGGAACAACUUAUCACAGAGCUUUGUGGUGUCUCGCAGAAAGUAGCACCAAAACGGACCAGUGGUGACCAUGUCCCAGUUCCAGGAACUGACCUGACCUCAGAUGCCAGGAAUGUUGCCACUGCUGGUCGCAAGAGCUGUGUGCAUUGCAAAGCAGUGCAUGGUAAGAAACAAGAAACACCAUGGAAAUGCCAGGCAUGCGAUGUGCACCUAUGUCUUCAGUUGAAAAGGAACUGCUUUCAAGAGUGGCACAGAGAUGUGUGAUUGUGUAUAGGGUGUAAGAGUGGGCUUUUACAAACCUCACACCCUUUUUAUCUUUACACUGUUCCUGUUUCAUGUGUAAAUUCAAGUAUAGUACAAAUCCUGGACAUUUUCUCUGCACUGUGAGCGAGUAGGUUAUGCAUAGGGUGUAAGAGUGGGCCUCUUUUUUCUUUCUUUUUUUUUUUUAUGCUCACGUCCAUUUUUUUUUUCUUGUGCAGUGUCUGCUGUUUCCAGUUUCAGAUUUGUCAUCUGUACCCAUGACGCCUUGACUCUUGUGUUGUUUUUUUGUUUGUUUCUAAUAAACUUUUUACAUGCACUCACAA